AGCGCUAGUCCCGCCUCCGCGCUGAGGGACGCGCUGCGCGUAUUGGCCGAGUGGCGCCGUCGGUCAUCGCCCCUCUGACGGAGGACGGGAGCGGACGGCGGGGGGGCUGCCCUGCCCGGUUUCGGGACUUGGCAGCAGGUUGGGUAGCGCGGCAGGGCGAGGGAGGAGGAGGCGGCUUCGGUAGCAGCGGGGGAAGCGGCGAGGCGGAGGCGGACGAGGAGGAAGAGAGAAGGAAGGCAGAGAAAAAGACGAGCAGGAUAAGAGGGAAGCCAGGCCUCAGCCUCAUCUAAGGGAGCAAGAUCCUUGGGAUUGCAAGGAGGCUGUUUUGCUGUCUGCUUAACAGGUGUGUUCCAAGGACGUUGGAAGAAAAGCUAGCAGGAGCCUGUCUUCACAUGCAAGGGAAGCUGGUUCAGGCGGCCAGUCGAAGCCGUCCUGGGAUUGUGGCCACUGUCGCCUGCUGGCAGCUUCUAAAAGCAUUCCAGGGGUUGCCGUAGAGCCCAUGGCAGACCAUGUCGACCACUAACAACAUCGCCCAGGCACGGAAGCUGGUGGAGCAGCUGCGGAUCGAGGCCGGGAUCGAGAGGAUAAAGGUCUCCAAAGCCUCCUCGGAGCUCAUGAAUUACUGCGAGCAGCAGGCCAGGAACGACCCUCUGCUGGUGGGCGUCCCAGCCUCUGAGAACCCCUUCAAGGAUAAGAAGCCCUGCACCAUCCUAUAGCCUGCACCCUGCCUGGAUCUGUCUCUCAGCGGCACUGGACACCCGAGGCGCGCCAGUGGCAGAGAGGCUCCAUCAGGGUGCAGACUACACCAAGCCCAGGUCCAAUUCUGACCCCCGGGGGGGGGGAUCCCAAUUCCGGGAACAAGGUUGGCCAGGUUGAGGAGCACAGGGGGUGCUUAGGGGCAGGGGAGGCGGGCAUGCCCUUUUGGAAACCUCCCUGAUGUCCAUCCAGUGGGCCGGGUUUGGCCUGGACGCCAAGCAGCCCGUUCCCCACUUUGGCCCUUGGCAGGUGGGACCAGAGGUGUGGCUCUGUGGGAGAUGGGCUCUUUGCACGUGCAUCUGCGCACUGUGCCCCUUUGCAAAUGACCCACCCAGGAGUCCUGGAUUCAAAAGCCUCACAGGAUCAGUGGGGAGAAGGCAGGAACCAUGACCGGGCCCCUCCCAUUCCCCCAAGGUGGCUCCUGCCUUGGAAGUGCCACGGACCCUCUGCAGAAUCCCUGACAGGGCUGGGGGGGCAGGGGGCGCCUUCCUGUCCCCACAGAGGAGAAGUGUCCCCUGUUUGCAGCAGCACCCUUCCUUGGGGAGCAGCCCCCCCUCCUGUGCACCCCUCCUAACCUGAGCCCCUCGCCCUGCUAGGGCUCCGUCUCCCCGCAUGAGUCCCCCAUAAACAACUCCCUCCUUCCUGAGAGAGCGAAAGGCUCCUUCCUUGAUGUGGGGGGAGCAGAAAGUGGGCAUCUUCCUGCCCCCCACCUUGCAAGGGAGAAAGGAGGUUCUCUCCCCUUGGGGGAAGAGCGGAGGGGACUCUGUGGACGACAGCCCUGCAGGGUGGCCAGCCAGGGGUGCUGCAGGGGGUCGGAAGAGGCCGAAUGUGGCUUGUCUCAUGGGGAUGGGGGGCAGGCUAUGGGACCCCACAGCCCAGGCAACUGUUCCUGAAGGAAAGGAGGGAGGGGGAGACAGAGAUUGGAAAGGUCUUGUCUCAAAGCCAUGGGCUUGGCACUGGCCAAAGUGGGAGGGGGGGGUCCAUCCAAGCCAGCAGGUUUGCUCUCAGAUGCCCCCAAGGGAAGGAGGCCUCAUUUGGCAGAAAAAUGGAGGGGCCACAGUGGAAGGGAGGUCACCUUGGUCCCCAAAGGGGACAGAAGGAGCUCUCCUUUGCUCCUUUCCCUGGGGUUUUUGGAAGACUGGGGUUGACACGUCCGCCCAUGGUGGGAACACCGGCCCUCCCCUCCCAGCCCUUGUUGGUGUGUCCUGCUGCAGAGAGUCUCCCACGGAAGGAGGUUUGGCGGAAAGGGACACCCCCCUAAAACCCCCACCCCACCCUGUGGCAUCUGCUUCCUCAUUGAGCCAGAUGGGGGGAUCCAAAGGGGUGCCUCUGCUGUUCUGUCCCAUUCCUUCGUUCCCUUCCUUGCCAGGGGAGUGGCCUUGCUGGGACUCAAGCAGCCCCCCACCCCCCAUAUUUUUUCAACCUUCCCUGGGCAUUUAUUCUUCCUCCUGCUGGGCUGCUGACCCCUGAGAGUUGAACCCAGCCAUUUCCCCUUUGCUUUCUACCCCAGCGCUCUCAAGCCUGGACCCUCUCUGGACCCUUUUUUUUGGGGGGGGGCGGUCCCCAGAGCAAGACAUAGGCGCAUGCACACCAUAGAAGCAGCAAAUGUGGCCCCUUUCUGCCGUCCUUUGGGCCUGGGGGGAGUCUUGUUCUUUUCUCUGGCUCCACCCUCACGUGGCCUUCCUCCUGGUGGGGUCCCGCAGGCCUCCCCUCAAAAAAACCCCACCUUCUCUCUGCCGCCUCUCUCUGCCCACCCCACAACCAACCAGCAUCAUAGGGCAGAGAGGGAGCUCCCCCACAUAUCCACAUGGUUGGAGUCCUGGGGGGGCAGACCCUGAGAGCAGGACGGGGAGUGAGGGAGGGGUGGGGGUUCACUUAUGGGGUGAGGGGCAGGCUGUGCUGCAGCAUUGGUGGCUCAAGGGCAGGGGGGCACCCCUACCACAUCCGAUGGCCCCAUCCUGCCGGGGUCCCUAGGAGGAGCUGCUUCCCAUGGAGGAGGCAGGGGGGGUUGGGGCUCUCCGCUUCUGACCUCUGUGGGGAGGGGGAGCCCUCUGCAUUUCGGGGGAGGCAAUGAGAGGGACACCCCCCCUUUAACAGUAAAAGAAAUCUCCUUGUGUGUGGCUGUGACUUGUGGUUGCUUUUUCCUGGCUGCGUCCCAGUGCAGACGGGCGUUCUUUGUAGUUGUGUGCAUCUCUUUGGGAAGGGGGGGUCGAGCAACGGGGGGGCUUGCUCCUCCUAAGGGGUCUGCACAGUCCUAGGGGAACACCGGCCCUCCCCUCCCAGCCCUUGUCGCAAAACUGGGAGGGAGCAAGAGAGGAGAGCCCCCGGGAGCCCCAGGACAAGCCAUGGCAGGUGUGCCAACCCUCCUCUCACCUGGGGAGCACUUUAACUCCCUUGUUUGCCAGCCAGAGAGUAUCUGCUCCCUGCCCCUCUCCGCCUGCUUGCCCAGGUCUGCUGCUGCACCAAAGAGGGGGUUUGGGCAGCUGGGGUGGGGGGCAAGAGAGAGGCGCCCCAGGGCCUCCUUCUCCUUAGCAAACCCCUCCCCACCCAGCUCUCCUGCUCCUUGCUUGCAAGCUCUUCCUUCUGUGCUGCUCCAUUGGAAGGAGGAGGGGGCACGGCUAUCCUGUCCCGGCACCCCACUCCGAAGCAGGGGGACCCCUCCCUAAAAACCCACGUCUCUUCUCUGGAGAUCCAGGCCUUACAUCCUCCUGUCUCUCCAAAGGUGCCAAUUUGACCCCUUCUCUCUUUUUGCCAAACUGAUGAAAUAAGUACUUUCCGAGGUUCUCUUUUUAAUUUAACAAGCUUAAAUGGCAUUUAUUUCACAGGUGGUUUUUCUUUUUUGAGAAGAAAAAAAAAAAGAAUGCCCACCACACAGGUGUUUUGUGCUUUUGAAUUCUUUCUCCAGUUCCUUGUUCUUAUUUGCCAAAUCCUGAUAUUGUUGCCAAAAGCAAAUCGAGAUUUGUAAAGAUUGUAUUUUUAGGGAAGUGAAAAACCCGUGUCCGUAACGUAGGCUUGAUCAUCUCUCUCCUCCUUUCUCCUCCUUGGUUUCCUUUCUCUUUUUGCCAAACCCUUCAUUGUUCUCCCCCCCCCCCCGUGUGCCAUAGACCAGUUUCUUUCCUCGCACAGUGUUUAAUAUUUUGUGGAAUUGCUGUUUAAAACAAUAAGGAAAUUGAUCACACAACGAAUUAAAAAGUCACUUUUGCUGGAGCGUCUCGUCUCUGCCCUUUUUCCAACCCGGGGGGGGGGCUGGCAGCUCUGAAAACUUCUAUUUAGGGAACUGCACAGUUUGGGGGCCUGUCCACACCUCCCCUCUCCCCAUCCUCUGUGCAAGCUCCAAUAAUUCCCCUGGGCAAGUCCGUGCUGAAUCCAGAGUUGAGAGAGAAAAUUCAAGAAGACAUCUGCUCCGCUUUAAAAAGGCUCCAGCCUGCUUUCCAUUGGCUCCUUGCUGCCUUUCCACACCCCCACCUUAUGGGUGUUUCUGAUGUGCAGCAGUAUCUAGCAAAGAGUGCAAAACCGGGAAGGGGGAGCGGAAACUCCGGGUGAGGACCACCCUGAACCUUGGCCACUAGGGAAACAAACUGGUUGUGUAAAAUGUGGGUUUUGUGGAGAGCGUUGGGGAGGGCUUGUUUUCCAGGGAGGGGGGUCCUGGCUCUGCUUUAGGCCAACCUUUGAGGGAAGCACUUGAGGGAGUCAGAGGGGCCCCAGUUUGCAACCUGAAUAGAGCACCCACCUCCUCCUCCUCCUCUGUGAAUUUGCCCAAACUGCACCCUAAAGCCCUCCUUGGAGGGGUCACCACACCAUCUUUUGAAUUUCACUCUCGUGAGCUCACAGGUCGGCUUUGGAGUUGAGAUAGCCGGCUGUCCACCUUGCUUCUUAGAUCCUCAUUGCUCUCCAGGCUGCUCCCUUCUUGGGGGGUCUCUGCCUGGCUGAAGAUGCGCCCCUGAACUCUGUUUGUGCCUCUUUGCGCCCCUGUGAGAAGGACAGAGAAGAAU